AUGUUGUUUUACCAAAAUUCACUACAUCAAUUACAAACUGCUGCUGAAACCACUGCUGCACCAGUUGCCGCUGCUGCUGCUGCACCAAAGCAACAACAACAAAAGCAACAACAACCAAAGAAAGAGAAGCCAGGAAAGGUUCAAUUGAAUUUGGUUAACCCAGAGUACAUCACUGAGAGAAUCAAGAUUUGGGAUGAAUUAAAGGCAAAGCAUGAUGCUGAAAUUGCCAAUCUCCCAGAUGUACCAAUUAAAAUUACAUUACCAGAUGGAAAGGUUGUCGAUGGUUUCGCUGGAAAAACCACUCCAUAUUUGGUGGCAAAGGGAAUCAGUCGUGGUUUGGCCGACGCCAUUGUAUCGUCUUUGGUAGACGAGCAAAUCUGGGACAUUGCAAGACCAUUGGAGAAAGACUGUAAUUUGGUACUCUGCAAGUUCGACUCUGAAGCCGGUAAGAAGACCUUCUGGCAUUCCUCUGCACACAUCCUCGGUCAAGCAAUGGAGCGUAUCUACGGUGGCCAACUCUGUAUUGGUCCAGCAACCAACGAGGGUUUCUACUAUGACAUGGCCAUGUCCGACAACAAGAUCGUUUCCUCCGAAGACUAUGCCACCAUCGUCGAAGUCGCCAACAAGAUCGUCCAAGAGAAGCAAGCAUUCGAGCGUUUGGCCGUGCCAAGAGAUCUCGCUCUCCAGCUGUUCAAGUACAACAAAUACAAAACUGAGAUUAUCUCCAAGAUUCCAGCUGAGGACACCGUCUCGUUGUACCGUUGCGGUACUUUGGUCGAUUUGUGUCGUGGUCCACAUCUUCCAAACACCAGCUACGUCAAGGCAUUCAGCGUCGUCAAGAACUCCUCUGCCUACUGGUUGGGUAAGGCUGAGAACGAUCCACUCCAACGUGUCUACGGUAUUGCAUUCCCAGACAAGAAGCAACUCGAAGAGUACCAGAACUUCAUGAAGGAGGCUGCUCUGCGUGACCACAGAAACGUCGGUAAGAACCAAGAGUUGUUCUUCUUCCAUCCAUACUCACCGGGAUGUGCAUUCUUCUUGCCACACGGAACCAGAAUCUACAAUCGUCUCGUCGAGUUUAUUCGUCACGAGUAUCACCGUCGUGGAUUCACCGAAGUCAUCACCCCAACCAUGUUCUCACAGCAGUUGUGGGAGGAAUCCGGUCAUUGGGCUAAAUACGGUGAGAACAUGUUCAACUUGAAGUGUGACGAUCAAAACUACUCGUUGAAGCCAAUGAACUGUCCAUCGCAUUGUUUGAUGUUUGGUAAUCGUUCGAGAUCGUACCGUGAGUUGCCAAUUCGUUUCGCCGACUUUGGUGUCUUGCACAGAAACGAGUUGGCCGGUGCAUUGACUGGUCUCACCCGUGUCCGUAAGUUCCAACAGGACGACGCACACAUUUUCUGUACCCCAGACAUGGUCGAACAAGAAAUCUCGUCAUGUCUCGAAUUCAUGCAACACGUAUACGGUAUCUUUGGAUUCGAAUUCCAACUCGAGUUGUCCACCCGUCCAGAUAAUCAUUUGGGUACUGCCGCGCAAUGGGAUGUCGCUGAAAAUUCUUUGAGAGAUGCAUUGAAUAAAUUUGGAAAGCCAUGGAAAUUAAAUCCAGGAGAUGGUGCAUUCUAUGGUCCAAAGAUUGAUAUUCAAAUUUUCGAUGUAUUGAAGAGAGCACAUCAAUGUGCUACCAUUCAAUUGGACUUCCAAUUGCCAAUUAGAUUCGAGUUGGAGUAUAUGGGUAGCGGACCAGAGGAACGUCAUCGUCCAGUCAUUAUCCAUCGUGCCAUUCUCGGUUCCGUCGAAAGAAUGAUGGCCAUCUUGAUUGAACACACCGCUGGAAAGUGGCCAUUCUGGGUAUCACCACGUCAAGUGUUGGUCGCCACCGUCUCUGAGAAGUUUGCCGACUACGCCAAGAGCGUCACCAAGACUCUCACUGACGCCGGUUUCUACGCCGACGUCGAUCUCUCUGACAAGACCCUUCCAAAGAAGGUCAGAGAGGCUCAAUUGUCCCAAUACAAUUACAUCUUGGUCGUCGGUGAAGAGGAAUUGAACAACAACACUGUCAACGUCAGAACCAGAGACAAUGUCGUUCGUGGAUCCAUCACCGUCGAUGCUUUAAUCGAAGAGUUCAAACUCAACAACAAGGAAUUCAAAUAA